AUGAACCUCUCCACCGUCGAAGAUUACCGGCUCAGAUCAUCUUAUGUGUUAGAUCCUAUUUCUUUCGGCUAUAUCAAUGGGGCAGCCGGUGAAGAACAAACCCACCAGCUUAAUUCAUCUAGCUAUAACCGAAUCCGGAUUAGACCCCGGCAGCUGAUGGAUGUUGGAUCCCGCCAAAUGAGUCGCACAAUUUUGGGUCAACAUUUUUCGAUGCCCGUGGGAAUAUCUCCUACGGCUCUGCAAAAGUUAGCUCACAAAGAUGGAGAACGAGCCACUGUGAGGGCUGCCGCCAAAUUUGGAAUUCCUUUUGUGAUGAGCUCCAUGGCCAGCAGUACGAUCGAUCAGGUAGCUCAAGCAGCUCCGGAAGGAGUUCGCUGGAUGCAAACUUACCUUCAUCGGAACCGGAACAUAGCACGAACACUGGUGGAACAAGCUGAGCGUAAUGGAUUUACUGCCUUAGUAUUGACCAUCGAUAGUCCAGUUCUGGGGAUAAUGAACAAUCAAGUCCGGUCCGGUAACAUCCCGAACGAUGCACGAUUUGAAGUUUUCCGUGACUUUGCACGCCAAGGUGUCAUAACAAAUGGCGAUGACAUAAGGAUAGUGGCCGAUUUUGAUCAAUCACUAACAUGGAAGGACGUUGAGUGGUUGAUGAGUAUCACAAAACUUCCGGUCAUUGUUAAAGGAGUUCUUACGAAGGAAGAUGCAAUACGAGCAGUGGAAACAGGUGUGGCUGCUAUUUUAGUUUCAAAUCAUGGUGGACGACAACUUGAUUCGAUUCCCGCAACAAUUGAAGCGCUCCCGGAAAUAGCUAGCGUUGUCAAAGGACGAAUUCCCAUAUUGAUGGAUGGAGGAAUAUCGAAGGGAACCGACAUCUUUAAGGCUCUGGCCUAUGGAGCUGAUAUGGUGUUUAUGGGUCGAACUAUCUUGUGGGGCCUGGCGGUUGGUGGACAACAAGGAGUCGAAGAUGUAUUGGAGAUUCUCAGAAACGAAUUUGACAAUGCUAUGGCUCUUGCCGGUUGCAGUUCAUUGAGCGAGAUUGGAAGAGAUCGGGUGAUGCAUGAAGAAGAGUACAAUGCAUCUGCCUUGGUUUCAGCAUUCAAAAAUUUGAAUGUGUACUAA